AUGAGCCCAUAUCAAUUUUAUAAUAAUGUAAUAGCUAGUAAAUCUAUAAGAAGUAGCGUAUGUUGUAAUAUUAAAGGUAAUGAUAAAAAGUAUCUGAUAUAUGCUUGUAAUAAUCAUUUAAAUGUAUGUUGUAUAGAUAAAAGUGGGAAUGCUGAUGAUUAUAGUGAGCAUGUAUUAUUUAGUGAAGUUCUAGAAUUGAGGGCAUAUGUCCCUGAAAAAUUAAUUUAUAAUAAUAAUAAAGAUAAAGUAAAGUCUUAUUUAUUUGUAUUAACAAGGAAAUAUAUUUUAUUAUUAUUAGAAUAUAAUGUAAAAGAAAAUGAUUUUAUAACAUUAUCACAAAUAAAUUUGUGUGAAUCCAAUGGAUUGCAUCUAGAAGAGGAUGUUAUAUUUUUACUUGAUGAAAGACAUAAAACAAUAUUAUUCUAUGGAUAUAAAAAUAUUUUAAAAUAUAUAUAUUUAGAUUAUGAUAACUUCUUAAAUUUGAAUAAUGUAUAUACAAUGAGGAUAGAUGAGAGUUUAAUAAUUGAUAUUGCUUUUUUGGGCACCCAUACCAUGAGAUACAAUAAAAAAUUGAGAAACAAGCAAAAAUGCGAUCAUGAAAGUAAUUGUGAUGAUAAUAGAAGCAAUUGUGAUGAUAAUAAAAGCAAUUGUGAUGAUAAUAGAAGCAAUUGUGAUGAUAAUAGAAGUAAUUACAAUGAUUAUAGAAGCAAUUAUGAUGGAUGUAAAAAAUGCACUAACAAUAAAUAUUAUGAUCAUGCUCAUAAAAGUGGUAAUUCCCUAUGUGACGAUAUAUCAAAAAAUGAAGUGGGUUUAAAUAAUGAAGAUUUAUUUUUGGAGGAUCAAAAUAAAUAUAAAAAAAUAAAAAAAGAAAUAAACACAUCUGAUCAAGAAGAUGUAAAUUUGUAUAAAAAGAAAAAUAUAUAUCCUGGUGGAGAUAAAAUAUGUGGUGAAUAUGAUAAAUUAUCAAAGAACAUAGGUUCUGAUUUGAUAGGUACCAUUCAUAAUAAUAAUGACAAAACAUAUAAUUCUAUAAAAAAACUAAAGGUUGAAGAAAAGGAGAAAAGAAUAUACGAUGCUAGAAACUGUAUUAGUUUUGAUCACAAUAAUAGUGUGGUAUCAUUCCAAAAUAAUAAUUUAUUUGAAUCUAUAUAUCCUUCAGAUAAUGAAUAUAAUAAGAAUUUAAUGCGUAGGGUAGAUGGUUAUGAUAAUAUAAAAGAUAAUAAAGAAGAUGGUAUAAAAUUGUCUAUGGUUGAUUCUUGUAAUACUUUUGAUAAUAAAUAUAAUGAUGAAUAUAUGUAUUCGACUAUAUGUAUAUUAUAUGAUUAUAAGAAAUCAGAUACAGAAUUUUAUGAAAGGUAUAUGAGGAUUAUACCUUUGUAUAAAAUGAAUGAUGCUAGUAUGAAAUACUUGAGUGACGAAGAUGCAGAAUUUGAUUAUAGUGAUAAUGAUAAAUAUCAUGACUAUAAAGAAAAUAAUGAUAAACAUGAUAAGAAUGAAUAUAAUAUAUACAAUAAUAAUAAAUAUAAUAAUAAUAUAAAUAAAAAUAAUUUAUUUAUUUACAAUAUUAUUGAUAAAGAAUAUCUAUUACCUAAAUUUUAUAAACCCUUACAUGUGGAUCCAAGUAUAAAUAAAAUAUUAUGCUUAUCAAAAUAUAAAAUAUUAUUAAUUGGUUUUCAAUUUAUUAAUUAUAUAAAUAUUAUAAAAGAAAAAAGAAGAAAUUUUUUUCUAAGUUCUGAAUUUAGGACUAUUACUUAUAUAGAACCUAUAGAUAUAAAUAAAUUUAUUUUAUCUGAUGAUUAUGGAGAUUUAUUUAUUUUAUCCUUUAUGCCAAAAAAAAAUAAGAAACAUGUAUUUGAUGAAAAAUAUAAUGAUGUAUAUAAUAAUAUGGAAAACACAAUUGACAAUUAUGAUGAUUAUAAUUAUAAGGAUAUACAACAUAAACAUGAUAUACAAAAAAGAAAUCAAAAUUAUAAAUAUAAAUAUUAUGAUUAUUAUUGCAAAUAUAGUGAUAAUAAUAUUUUUACUGGUGAUAUUUCAUCAAUGCGUGUUCAGUUUAUAGGUACAUGUUCUAGAGCUAAUGUAAUAACUUGUAUAUUUCCAGAUAUUAUAUUUCUAGGUUCUCAAAUAAGUGAUAGUUAUUUAUUGAGAAUGCAUUAUACUCCAAUAUAUGAACGUGAGGACUUUCAACCUGUUGAAUAUUCGACUUACUCUGAAAUUUUAAAAGAAGAUGAAAUGUUAUCAACAGAGAUGAAUAAUAUGUGUGAUGAUAAUAAAUAUGUAGAAGAUAUUUUGAAUAAAAAAAAAUAUAUGGUGGUCCCUAUAAUGAAUGAGAAUGAUAGAAAUAUGUUCCAUAUAGAUAAUAUUAACCAUGUAAGUAAUAUUAACAAUAUUUCAAAUAUUCCUAGUGGCAUAAAUAAUUUUUAUAAUAAUCAUUAUGCAAAUAACGAAAUAGAUGAUAUAAGAAAAUAUUGUAUCAAUAAAAAUAAUAAACAAGAGAACAAUAUUAAUUAUAAUAGAACUUCUUUUUCUACAUGUACUUAUCAUGAUAAUAUAGAAAGAAAUAAAUAUAAUAGACCUAAGAAUGAUUAUUAUCAUUCUAGUAUUAAUACAUCAACAAGAGAUGUAAAUUAUGGUCCUAGUAUGAAUUAUAUAAAUGAUUAUAAUGAAGUAAAUCAAAAAAACAAAACAGAAAAAAAAAAGUUUUAUAUUGAAAUAUUAUCAGUUAUACAAAAUAUGGGUCCUAUAUUAGAUAUGUGUGUUAUUAAAAAUAAACAAAAUGAAAAUGAAAUCAUCACAUGUAAUAGUUAUGGAAGGACAGGAUGUGUAUCUAUUAUUCAAAGUGGUUUAAAAACUAAUAUAACUUGUGAUCUUAAUAUUAAUAAAGUUAAUAAUUUUUUUGUAGUAAAAUAUGUUAUAUAUUUAAAAAAAAAAAAAAAAAGUGCACAUAAUACUAUUACAAAUGAUAUAAUGAAAAAAGAAAAUAAUAAUCCUGAAGAAAAUAUUCCUAAGGAUUAUAUUAUAAAUGAUAAGGAUAAAGUUUAUAAAGAUUCUUUAUCUAUUAAUGAGAAUAAAAAUAAGAUUCCUAUCAAUGAUGAUGAAUGUAUGAUGAAUGUAUCUAAUGAUGAUGGAAAUAAUUUACAUCCAAAAAAAAAACACAAAAAAAACAAAAAAAAAAGUAUAUCAGAAGAACCAUUACAUUUUGAUGUUUUUGUAUCUUUAAAUAAUAAAAAAUAUAUAAAAAUAAAAAAUAUAGAUUUAUGUUUUCUAAAUAAAUAUUACUUUGAAAAUGAAAAAGAAAUAAAUGUCUUGAAAUAUUCAAAUUUUAUUUAUUUCCAUAUUUUUAUGAUAUGUGUUACUUAUGCAAACCAAACAAAAAUAGUUGGAGUUUCAAGGAAUAUAUUAAAAAAGAACAAGACAAAUAAAAAAAAUUGUAGCACUGAAAUUGUGAUUAAUAAUAAAGAUAAUAAGUUUCAUAAUAUUACGAAUGAACAUCAAGAUAAUAUUAUUAAUUAUCCUUUGAAUGAUUCUUUUACAAGUUAUAAUAAUGAUAAUAUGUUUCAUAUGUCUCAUUCUAGAGAUAUACAAGAUGAUAAAAAAAAGAAUUUAAAUAAUCAUAAUUUUUUUUUAAAUGAAGAAAAGAAAGAAGAUAUCAAAAAUAAUAUAUCUAAUGAAAGCUUUUUAAAAGAAAUAUGUAAUGAAAUAUUUUUAUGUGAAUAUGAAAAUAUAGAUAUUGAUAUGUAUAGUAAUACAUUAUAUUUUAAUAUUGUUAAGAAUCAUCCUUAUCUAAUACAGAUAUGUAAUAAUAAUAUUCGAUUAUUAUGUUGUUUAUCUUUAAAGUUGAUAUAUAAUUUAGAAGUUACAUUUAUUUUUAAUUAUUCUAUAUACAAUGAUUAUAUAUAUAUAUAUUGUAAGGAAGGAAUUAAGAUAUAUGUUGUUAUAGAAAAUUAUAUUGCUCAUUUAUAUACAUAUAUUUUAAAAGAAAACAUCAGUAGCAUGUCUUUAUAUAAAAAUUUAUUGGUGUGUGUUUUUAAUAAUAACCAAGUUGUUAUAUAUAAUGUAAAUAUGAAUAAACUGAAAGAAAUAAAAGAAGGCAAUUAUAAAAAGGAUAGAGAAGCAACAGACCCAGAUACAAAUGUCGAACAAGAGAAGGAUGAACAGACUCAUCAAAUUUUCAAUGCCGUUAGUUAUUACAAACCUGUGAUGAGUUUUUUUGUAUAUAUAAGUGACGUCGAAUUGAUAGUGAUGAAUGAUAAUAUGUAUUUAUUCUUGGGUUAUAGUGAUGGACAUAUAGAAUAUUUCAUACUGUGUGCAUAUGAUAAGAAGAAGCAAAAAGAAAAAAAUAUGGAAGGGCAACAUACGUGUCAAAAUUAUGAAAUGUGUGAUAAUAAAAGUGGUGAUAAUAAAAGUGGUGAUAAUAAAAGUGGUGAUAAUAAAAAUGAUGGUGAUGAUAAAAAUGAUGGUGAUGAUAAAAAUGAUGGUGAUGAUAAUAAAAGUGGUGAUAAUAAAAAUGAUGGUGAUGAUAAUAAAAAUGGUGAUGAUAACAACAGUGGUGAUGAUAAUUUUGAGUGCACUACUAUGGACAGAUUUUUAAUUGAUAAUAAUUAUAGAAAAUGGGUUAAGAAACAAGAAGAGUGUAAUACAUUAUUUAAAUUACAUAAAGAAUAUUUAAAAAGGAGAGAAUUCAUUUUAAAAUAUAUUUAUAAAGUUUGUAAGGAUAAUAAUUCUGAAGAACGUACACAUUGUAAUGGUAAAUAUACAUAUAAAUUAAAUGUGUGUGAAGAUUUAGGAAAUGAGAAAAGAAUAAAAAAUAGUAAAAGAAAUGUUUUAAGGUUUUUAUCUCAAUGUAACACUGACGUUUUUGAUUUUUUCGAUUUUGGUAGUGUGACAUUUAAAAAUUCGAAGGAGUUAUAUAAAAUAUGUAAUAGAUAUAAGGAUGAUGUUAUAUAUAUUGACAAUGAAUAUUAUUAUAAUGUAGAUAUUGAAUCUAAUAAUUUUGUUAGUUUACAAAAUAUUCUGGAAUAUAAUAAUGAUAUUAAUAAAAUGGAUACGAAUACUAAUAGUGUGGUUGAUAUGGAACGUGUUGAUAUGAAUGACUCAUCUGCUAAUAAUAAUAUGAAUGAUAAUAUAAAUGAUAAUAUGAAUGAUAAUAUAAAUGACGAUGACGAUAGUAAUGAUUCAGAUACAAAUUAUAGUAAUUCAAAUGAUAAUGAUUUAUUAUAUAUAAAUAAAUAUAGUAGUAGUGAUGAGAACAGUUUAAAAAAUUCAGAAAAAAAUACAAAUAAAGGAAUGAUAAAAGAAAAUAAUUCUGAUAAUAAUAACAAAAAAGUAUUGGUUGUUAAAGGAGAACAAAAUGUAAAAAUAAAUAUUAAGAGAGCUAAAUAUUUUUUUAACUUUUAUCAAGUUUAUGGUAUAUUAUCUGACGAAUCUUCUGAUUAUGAUAAUAAUAUUGAUUUAAUAACCUUCAAGAGAAGCAAAAAAUUAAAGGAAAAAUAUAAUCAUAAUAAAUAUAAAAAAAAACGUGGAGUAUAUAAUUCAGAAGAAGAAAUAUAUAAUGAUUCUUAUUAUGGUACCUUAUCACCUACAAAUAUAUAUAUUAAUAGAUAUAACAAAUCUGUUGAUAGCCUUUCUCAUUAUCUCAAUAAAUAUAGCCUAAGUGAUGAUGACAUUUGCUUAUCAUAUGAUGAUAAUGAUGAUGAUUUUAAUCAAUAUUUUGAUUAUACCAGAAAAAAUAGAAAAAUAAAUAAGAGAAAUAGAAAAAGAAAAAGAAGACAAAAAAAAAAUAAAAAAAGAACAGAUGAACUUAUAACAAGCACACACUCAUCAAGUACUUAUAACAGUAAUCUGGAUGUAUAUUUUGAUGAUGAUGAUGAUGAUGAAUUUGAUAUGUAUGAACAAGAAAGCGAAUGUGAUGAUAAUAUUUUUGAACAAAGUGAUAUACCAAGAACAUUUAUAAAAAAUGUAAAACAGAAAAAAAAAAAAAAAACUGCAAAUAAUGAUAAUAUGACUGUUAAUAAUAAUAAUAAUAAUAGUAAUAUUAACCAUAAUGAUAUUAAGAAACUAAAAAGAGAAAAUAUAAAUAUGUUAAAUAAGAAAUUAAGAAAAGAAUUUAAGGAUAAUAAUUUAGAAGAAAAUAAUAAAUCUGAUAGUUCAAAAUAUAGUACAUUUAAUAAUAAUGUCUCUUCUGAUAUUCCUUCAUCUUUUGAAAAUUUAAAUAAUAUAUUAUUUGAUGAAAAAAUAUAUUUAAAGAGUAAUAUUUUAAAAAGUAAUAGAAUCGUUUUAAUAAAUAAGAGGAAAAUUAAUGUAUGUAAUGAUUCUAUUAAAUUUAAAAAAUUUUUAAAAGUUUUUUCUGAAAAAAAAAGAAUUGAUAUAAAUCAAAGUAAUAUAAUAAAAAAGUAUAAUUUUUUGUUUGUAUGUUGUGAAAAUCCAAUAAUUAUAUAUUCAGAUAUAAAAAAAAAAAUUAAUAUAUCAAAAUUAUCAUUAAAAAAUAUAUAUAUUGUAGAUAUAUUUAAUGAUUUCAAUUAUUUAAAUCCUUUUCAUAAUUUUCUAUCAUUUAAAAAAAAAAAUCAAAAUAAUUUUUAUUUUAUUUUUUAUGAUGGGUAUAAUAUGCAUAUAUCUCCAUUAAAUCAAAUGAAAAAAACAUUUUUAAAAAGAAUACCGUUCUAUAGAACUGUUGAAAAAAUUGCAUAUCAUUCAGAAACGGGUUUAUUAAUAGCUUCAUGUCCUUCAGAAGAAAAACAUAAGACGAAUGAGAUGAUGAAACAAAUUAUAUGUUUUUUUGAUCCUUAUCAUGAUUCUAUAAAAUAUACAUAUAUUAUACCAUCAAAAUAUCAUGUAUCUACAAUUAUUAUAUAUGAUAAUGAUAAACUUAAGAAAAAAAAUUUCGAUGUUACAAGUUUCAUUUUUGUAGGUACAUGUAAUUCAAAUGAAAAAAAUAAUGAACCUACAUCUGGUCAUAUACAUAUAUUUAUAGCAAAAAAAAAAGCUAACAUUUUUGAAAUUAAACAUAUAUAUACACAUAAUAUUAAUUACGGGGGAGUAACCAACCUGGUCCCAUAUGAUGACAAAAUUGUAGCAACAAUAAAUAAUAUGGUUGUCAUUCUUGAUAUAAAUAACCUAAUAACAAAAUAUGAAGCUUUUAUGGACCCACUAAAUCUUCAACCCAAAAUAGAGGGAAACAAUGCUAUUGUUGAGCUAGUCUCCUUUACCCCCAGCUCAUGGAUCAUGACAGUGGAUGUUCAUGGAGAUUAUAUCGUUGUGGGUGAUAUCAUGACAUCAGUUACAAUAUUACAAUACGACUACAAAAAUUCUCAAUUACUUGAAGUGUGCAGAGAUUACUCCAAUAUUUGGUGCACAUCACUUUGUGCCUUGUCGAAAAGCCACGUUGUUGUAUCAGACAUGGAUGCCAAUUUUAUAAUAUUACAAAAGUCCAAGUUUAAAUAUAACGAUGAGGAUUCCUUUAAAUUAUCGUCUGUGUCAUUGUUUAACCACGGAAGUAUAAUAAAUAAAAUGCUACCUCUAUCGAAUUCAAGUUUAAUUGAAGAUGAUUAUGAUAAACACAAUAUACUUACAAAAAAGGAUGGUAUUUUAUGUGCAUCGAGCGAAGGAUCUAUUAGUGUUUUGAUUCCCUUUUCCAAUUUUUCUAAUUUUAAAAAGGCCUUAUGUAUAGAAAUAGCUAUAAAUGAUAACAUAUCAUCGAUUGGUAAUUUAACUCAUAAUGCAUAUAGAGAAUGUAAAGUAAAUGUAACUGCAAAAAAUUGUAAGGGUAUUGUUGAUGGGGAAUUAUUAAAAAUGUUUUUCCAUAUGUCAUUUGAAAGACAAUAUAAGAUAUAUGUAUAUGCUAAAUGGAUUGCGAAAAAGAUUAAUUGCAAUUUUGGAAGUUUCGACAAUUUCGUAAUAGAUUUAGAGAACAUGUGUAGCUUUUUAUAA